CACAUACCCCCACUACUUUUUGUCUGCCGAUCUCCUUUAGUGCGCGCAUCUUCGGGUCACGACUUGUUCUUCUACUUAUAGACUCUUGGCUGCUAGCAUGUUGGUAUAUUAUCUGUGUUGAUUCUCAUGGAUCCCGAUUAUUCUGUGUUUCCGGUACUUAAUGUACACAACUCCAUUACCUCUGCAUAUGUUAUCUUGACAUCGGCCGGUGUUUUCGGGCGUUCUACUGUUGUCUGGGUUAUACGGCCGCGAGAAUCGUUUCAUCUUUGUAACUUGGUCUUCCUUCUUUAUAAUCUACUCUGGUCAACAUUUUCGCAUCUAUAUCUCCCUGUUUCAGAUCAAGUCUGGAAACUCCGAGUAAGGGUUCUUCUCAACCACCUCGAUGCGUGCUCUCCAUACACUGUAUUAUAGCUGGCUGUGGAGUUGACAAGACGGUUUAAUUGCCUGCUACAGAACGGUGACUGCAGCAGAAACAACGAAGGGCGAUUAAUCGACACACAAUUUACUAUUCAAAGGAGU